UGUGCUGGAGGUGUCCGUAAGCUCAAUGGCAACAGGCAUAGACUUGCAAGGGAUGAUACAGAGGCUGCUACUGACCCCCCUAAGACACCUGACAGCGAACCUUUGUUUACAAAACUGCGCAAUCCAAGCACAGGGGAAGCAACCCUUUACUUAUUCAAUAGUGGUGCACAGCAGCUGUUUGAAGUAAAAGCUUUUCAUGAGGAAUAUCGUUCCUGGUUUAUAGGUCAGACUGUUCAACAAGAUGGGCGCCUGCUGUUUGUUACACCAAUGGACCCCUUAUUUCUGAUACUUUACUACCUCAUAAAGGCAGAAAAGGAGCAGCAAGGAAAGUUCCAGCCACUCGAUCAAGUUGUGCUAGACUCAGAGUACCCUAGCUGCCCAUUGCUGCUGAAGUGUGCAGAUGUUAAACAGUACAUACAUCAUAUAACAGAAGAAAAAGAGAUUGGCAGUCAGAAAUUUCACAAAUACAGCCAAGAGAAGACACUGAAAUGGUUAAAGAAAAAGGUCAAUCAAACAGUGAAAGCACUUAAAAGCAGCAAUAUAUGUGUAGGUGAAAGGGUACAUGCAGCUACAUUUAUCAGCGGUAAACAGAUCACAGAUACUGAAGAAGACUAUGUACGGUAUGCCCAUGGGUUAAUAUCAGAAUAUAUUCCUGAAGAUCUGAGUAAGGAGUUGUUAAAAUACUUAGGGCUCCCAGAACUUAAAAGCCCAGCAGCAGAGCCACCACUGAAGAAAAGGAAGUUAUCAGAUGUUCCUGUGGAAGCAGAAGAAGAUUAUACUAAGUUCAACAGCAGCAAUCUGAAAACCAAAAAGGCAAACAGCAAGAUGACUGCAGCACAGAAGGCUCUGGCCAAAGUUGAUAAGAGCGGAAUGAAAUCCAUUUCUACUUUCUUCAGCUCCAAACCUAAAGCAUCAAAAUAAAGACUUGUUUUUGAAAGAG